AUGAAUUCCAACUGGUUUUCUCAGUGGAAUGAGAGGCAACAUGAAGACGAGCAAGAUGAUGAAGAACAUGAAGAAUAUGAUGCGCAGAGGCGAAGAAAUACAACACAACUUAUGGCAGAAGCAGUUAGCUGGUUGGCUACUAACCCACUCCAUCAACAACUGCAAUGGGGAGGUUAUGUUUCAGGCCUCGCUACCCGUCACCGAUCACGUGAGGUUCGCUUGAUUGUAUGCAUUGGCAGUGGAAAAAUUGUCCAGUGGGAUGACAAGAAUGACAUCAUUGUUCUUGGACGUUCACCAUUAUUUGAUGCUGUAACAGCAGGUGAGGCACCACAAUUUAAUUACCAUGUCAACGAGACUCCUUAUGAGUUUGGGUACUACCUUGCUGAUGGCAUCUACCCUAAGUGGGUGACACUUGUGCAAUCAAUCAAACAUCCUGAGAAUGAUGCAGAAGUGUAUUUUUCCAUCAAGCAGGAGGCGUAUCGCAAGGAUGUCGAAAGAGCAUUUGGGAUUCUGCAAGCACGAUUUGCAAUUAUUAGGCAACUUGCAAGAGGUUGGGAGCGAGAAUCAUUAUCGAUAAUCAUGUUGGCUUGCAUAAUACUUCAUAACAUGAUUGUUGAGGAUGAACGAGAUGACUACUACAAUGGUGAGUCCGACGAUGAUGAUCCAAAUCCAAAUAGGUCAAGGAGAGCUCGGGCAAGAAUAUAUGAUGGCCCAAAUUUGCCGCGUAAUCUAAGAACCGGACAUAUCACAAUGACUGAAUACAUGUCUCGUUACCGAAGGAUACGCUCUCAUGUUGGAAAUAAUAAUCUACGAAAUAACCUUAUCCAACAUGUUUGGUCAAAUAGACGAUGCUAG